UUGUUAUUUGUCAAGUUUAUAAAAUCGUUCAUUCAUGUUGAUUUUUGUUGAACCAACUCCUAUCAUCCCAAAUUAAACUGAAGAUUUGACCAUAAAAUGCCAUAUCAGAGAAAUCCUGCAAUUAUCAAUAACCAGAAACCGGUGAAUAUUUUUUAUGUAUGGUACACAGAACUCUGUCGGCGGAUAAACAGUACUCCCGCGCCGGUAGUGAAACCUGCGAAGCCUAAAAGUCAAACAGUCCUCAACUUCUUGGCUGACCGUCUGAAGGUUGAGGAGUGGAGUCCAGUAAUAAACGCGCUGAGGCAUGAUACCAGUCUGCACGUGAUUGCCAUAAAAAGUAGAUUAGGAAACUGUCAGUUCUUGCAUGACGUCGACACUGAGGAGAAGCUACGGCAAAUGAAGAGGCGCUCUGGUUCGUUAUGGACGGCCUUCAUAUUGAAAUCUUUGCUCAAAUCGCUGUCAUGCACCGUUCGGAAUACUCAAGUCCUCACAUGCCUGGAGUUCGACGGAUUGCCAAUGUUUGCCCAGUAUUUGGAACCUUUAAUGAAGGCGUUACAGAAGAAUAAAACCUUAAAGAAUCUGAUAUUGAGCCGUUGUCGAAUCUCGGAUGCUGGAUGUCAAAUUGUUUGCGCAUACGUAAGGUUUGCCCCAAACAUUGAAGUCCUAAACCUAAGCGGGUGCGCUUUAACUGCCGAGAGUGGUGAAUAUUUGGCCAAACUAAUUAAAUACCAACAAAUCAACAGAUACUGUGAGAGCUGGCACAAUUCACUGAGGUAUUCAGACCCUAAUAUUCAGGUGAUGCGGGGUCUUAAAAGGAUAACAUUAAAUGGCAACCCCAUGAUCGGGGAUAAUGGUCUUGACUUGAUCCUGAACGAGUUGGACGAUGAUUUAUGGAUCAAAGCGCUGGACAUGCAGAAAUGCGGAAUAACCGAACGCAUGUCAACAAGAAUAAUCGAUCUCAUCGAGUACAGUCAGUCGUUGGAAAUUGUCGAUUUUAGGUUAAAUGACGAUUUGUCCGUCGCAACGAUAGAAAAAAUUUUAGAAAUUCUCAGACAAAAACACAUGGAUCUCAAUUCUGAGUACCAGUGGUGCAGCACAAGUUUUGCGUUAACCUGCGAUUCUGCCAUGGAGACAAUGACAAGUUUUACCUCAGCUAAAAUCCCAACCGUUCAUAAAUCCAAAUCAGCGCCUCUGAGGAACUACGGUUCUAAAAUUAGCAUGAGUUCUAAGCCUGUAAGAAGAACAAAAACGUCGGAAAACAUUCCCACUAAGAAGAGACACGGCGAAGUGAGCAUCGAAAAGAAGGUGAUGGAAUUAACCACCUUACUGCACGAAGAAAUUACCAGAAGGAAGGAAACCGAAAGAAUUAACGAAGAGCUGAAACGGAAACUCAACGCGUUUAACGGAGCCAGCGAAAUACAAACGCAACCUGUAACAAAGGUAGAUAUAUCCGAGAAGGCGCGCCGGCAACAGACGAAGAAUUCUACUCCUGUGGACAUGCUUAAUACGAUCUGCAAAAAGAACGGCUUCCAGAGACAGAACGGCAUCAAAAAGAAUAACGGAGUGAAAAAUGGUGUGAAAAUUAAUGGAUAUUGUGACGACAAUGGUUACAAUUUAAAUGGUGAUGUGGCUACGAUUUUCGAAAAGUUGGUUGGCCAAGAUGGUGACGAUGAUAAAAGUUUGGAUGAUGAGAGUUUACUGGAUUACCUAGGAAACGAGAGGAAAAGUAAGGAGGAAGAUGCAAACCUGACAAAUGGUUAUGACAUGACGGAUAGUCAAAUUUCCUUAUUUAAGUUUAUGGAAAAUUUGAAGAACAAGAGUAACUUGCCUGUGAAAUUUAGGAACCGUCCGAAUUACUCUAAAUAUUAUAAUAAUACUAAUACUCACGUGAAAAAGAAGACUUAAAUGUGUAAAAAUGAUCUUCAUUAAAAUUUAAGCUCUUUUAUCCGUAAAUGUA